GAGUCAGUAGCCUGCGAGAUACUUUAAUUCCGAAUUGGGCUUUAUUUUAAUGCCACUAGUCAUUUACUCUGGGAUUUUCCACUCUAUCAUAGUUUUGAUGUUUUAGACCGAGUUCUGGAUCAGGACGUUGGAAAAAUGGGUGCAACUCUACCGAAGGAAUCAGGACACUUUGAAGUGGAUACGGAACGACAAUUGGAUUGUGCAUUGGACUUAAUGCGACGUCUUCCACCACAACAGAUCGAGAAGAACUUGAGUGACUUGAUUGAUCUGGUUCCUUCUCUAUGUGAGGAUCUCUUGUCUUCAGUUGAUCAGCCUCUUAAGAUAGCUAGGGAUAAGGAAACUGGUAAAGAUUAUUUACUGUGUGAUUAUAACAGAGAUGGAGAUUCCUACAGGUCGCCGUGGAGUAACACAUAUGAUCCCCCCCUGGAUGAUGGAGCUGUGCCGUCAGAUAGAUUACGUAAACUAGAAAUUGAUGCCAACUCUGCCUUUGAYCAAUAUCGAGAAAUGUACUUUGAAGGUGGUGUUUCAUCUGUGUAUCUAUGGGAUUUAGAUCAUGGCUUUGCUGGUGUUAUUCUCAUUAAGAAAGCUGGAGAUGGUUCCAAAAAGAUCAAGGGUUGUUGGGACUCAAUACACGUGGUUGAAGUACAGGAGAAAAGCAGUGGACGUCAGGCACACUACAAGCUAACAUCAACUGCAAUGCUGUGGCUACAAACUAAUAAGGCUGGGUCAGGAAUCAUGAAUUUAGGUGGAAGUCUAACUAGGCAGACUGAGGUGGAUAAUCAAGUCAACGAUGCUAACCCWCAUAUUGCCAACAUUGGAAGAAUGGUAGAGGAUAUGGAGAACAAGAUGCGAAACACUUUGAAUGAAAUUUACUUUGGUAAAACUAAAGACAUCGUCAAUUCACUCAGGAGUGUAAAUAGCCUGCAAGACCAAGCAAACCAGAAAGCCAUGCAAGCUGAACUUUUCCAGACACUUAAAAACCGUCAAAUGUGAAAAAAAUGAUAUCUUUUACAUUAGGCAAAAAUCUUCACUGAAAAUAUUUGAACCAUAUGCCUAUUGAUUAUAAACGCAUUAGUUAUAGCCAAUUAGUAUUUUGUAUUCAUAACAUUUUGAAACAGAGUUUAGGCAGAUGUUCAAAUGUUUUUGGAAAGGUAGAUAGAAGAAAACUAUAGAAUUUCUUUCGUUUUUCUAAUACAAUUUAUUUUGAAUAAAUAAAUUAAGUGAUUCUAAAAAGUGUGAUCACAGGUUUAGUCGUAGGUGUUGUAGUUGCUGUUAAGUUAGCAGCAGUUAAAAUACUGUUGGGAAUCAGCUGUAGAGAUGUGUCUUUAGUGUACAGUAAAAUCGUUUCAGUGACAAAACCACUGCCAUCAACAGCAAUAUCGGGAACAAAGUCAUCUACAAUAUUGUUGAAUAGCAUCUUCAGCAAUAUUAUCAUCAAUGACAUACCAGUACAGCUAGCAUUACCUGCAACUUCCUGAAACAACCACCUUCAGUAGAGUUUCCAAAAUGAAGUGUCAAAUGUGAUCACAUUUUUUCUACACGUAGAUGUUAAAAUAUUUUGAUUAUCUCUUGUGUUUCGUUCAAAAGACAACAUUUUUAAACACAACAAAACUAUCAUGAACAUUAAUUAGAUUUCUGUAUAAAAUAAAACAAACUCCAUCAUCAAAAUAACCCUAGUCUGCUAAGCUUAUUGGCUCUGCCAUCCAUAAUAUAAUCUGAUUUUGAAUAACUUGUGAGCAAAUUUAAUGGAAACUGGGACCCAUUCUUCCCCAACUUCAUAGGCAAAGGAAUCCCAUAUCAGAACAGCAGACUCUUCAUAUUUCUUUCUGAUUAUACUUAGUUCUGGCUCCAUUUUUCAUAAUGUACUUGAGGACUGGGAAAUUGGGUCAAACUAACUAUAAACUUAUUGAAUAAAAUAUUGCCGAUAACCUACUUUGCAGUUUCCUAGAUCAUUUUUAGCAGUGAUCCAAAACACAAACUCUUUGAUUUGUCACCAGAGUUGAUAAGCAAUAAUGGUAGAAUGUACAUGUAAUUAUGACUUCAAGCAAUAAAAUAGUAUUUGUAAAUU